UGCCAGCUGAUCGGAGGAGAAGCCGGUAUGAGAGGAGUAGAAGCGGACAGACUUCGGGAGCGAUGUGAGGACGGACGCACUGAGGCAGAGACAGACUAAUGGAACAAUCUUAUUUAAUCCAGUUAAUGACAAGCUGCUGUAAGCAGUAGAAAUGUUCAUCAGUGCUGCGAGGCAUAAUGGAUUUCUGCUGGUCUGACUGGUGGCCUGCUGGUCUGAAGGUUGAUCCUCUCCAUCUCUUGGAAUGUCCAGCGCAUAUCCGGAUGCCACUGGCUGACCCGCAGCAGUUCUUCACUGGCAAGCUUUAUGUCCUUGUGUAUCAGCUAAAGCUGCCAGCUGAAGAACUGUUGUGGUUGGCUCUUUCCUGGCACCCCAGCUUAGAACAAGACUAUCACAGGUCAAGAGUUGGAGGAAUAUGACAGGAGCCAGAUGGUAGAGAAGUCAAAAUCAAUCUCAGGUCAGACAGGUCCUGAUUUUUAUCUUAAUUCGUUUAUCCACUGCAUCCCAAACCCCCCCCAUACCCCAUUUGGAAGGUGUCACGUGAGCUGUCUGGGCCUGGCUCUGCAUUCUCUGCAAGCAUAAACUAAACCUACUGGCAAGGCCCAUGCUGAGUCAGCAACAUUCCUGAAAGGAUGAGAUGCUCCUGCCCUUAUUUGGGCGUGGAACAGGCGGGGAAACACCCUUUCAACCUCUCUGCUACUGAUCAAAAUGUUUUGCGGGGUUGAAAGAAGAACGGCAAUGCUCUUAUGGAUGUCACUGUGUUCUCUGGAUCAAAGCCCAGGCCUUCACAUGUGUUUCUGUUUAUGAAUAAGUCACCGGGUUCUUCCAGAGUAUGAACGAAGAACACACUCACUGGACUUGCAUCUGUAACUUCCCCUCAUUUUCCCCCGGGCCCUGCUGUGGUAUGUGAUUUUGGGUUUAUUUGUUCGGCUUAUGCAUACUGUGCAUGAGUACAACCGCCGACACUCUGGGAUACACACAUGCAUAUGCACGUGCGCGUUUACACACGCAUGCACGCACAUGCACACACGCACACACGCACUCACACACACACACACAUACACACACAUACACACUCACAGUGCCUGACCCUCAGCAAGCAAUAAACCUCACUUCAAGGGCAACAGCAGUGCCGAAAACAGGAUAUGAGAAUGUGUCUUAAGCCUCCCAGCCGGAUGAAAAGCGUAGUAGAAAAUGUUCUCGCCACUCAGCAGAACCAGAUGCCCGUGGCCUGAAAAGUGAAGACCACGCUUUUUGUGUUUGUGCUCUCCUUCAUCUUUGAGGCUCAUUCAGGACUGCUGCCGAUGUCAUUUACCUUUUUUUUUUUAUUGAUACCAGGCUUUUUAAAGAUACAUUCAAACUAAUUACGAAAUUAAACGUAUUGUUUACAUGCAUCUGAAUAUUAAUAAUCUUUUUUUUUUUUAUACUGCUGAGUAGUAGCACUACACUAUGUUCAUAUAACAUAAGAAAGUGAAAAAUGGUUGCUUCCUUAAGUACAAAAAUAACAAGGAGGCAAUAUCAAAAUUUUAUAGAAACUUUAAUUAAGGUCAACAAUAAAUCUGAAACAUUACUGGUUUUCUCAUCUCAUCUUCACAAAGGCAUUUUUUUUUUUAAAUAUGUGCAUGCUACAUAGGGUAUAACACAACAAAUAUGACCUUUUUAAUGCACAAUUGAAUGAUCUUUGAGAUGCAGUCACAAAACAUGACUACAGUAUGUGUCUGUUGAACUAGUUACAUGUAGGGCUAAUAUUACUUUCACUUCAUUGACUUUAUAUUUUUCAUUAAAAAUGGCACAGUUUAAACAUUUGUGAAAAUAAAGUGUUAUAAAUGCACAUAUUCAGAGCUUGUUUCACAUUAAACAACGAAUGUUGUUUUGAUAUGCGCUUUGAUAGACUUAAAGUAAAAGUUUAAUCUUGAAUUGUAAACUUUAAACUGUGAUUUUGGCUAUAAAUAUGGAAAUAUAUAUAUAUAUAUAUAUAUAUAUAUAUAUAUAUAUAUAUAUAUAUAUAUAUAUAUAAUGUUGAAAUGCAUUAUAAGUGAUUAUAACAUUACACUUCUUCUGUUAUUAAUAUUUUCAUAUAUAAUGUGAAUUUGCUCAACUGUGAAGAUUCUUGUAUGUAUAAAUUCUUUCAUAAUACAGAAGGCAUACAUUUCUUCUUUAGUAGCAGUGAAGGUGCACCAGAGACAUACUGCAUAUUCACAGUGGAGGAGAAACAAUUCAGUAAAGCAUGUGGAUAAUAAGUUAAAGGUUUACUCUAAUUAAUAUUUAGCCUGACUGUUCCACUGACCGUCUUCUGUCAGUCAUUGAGAAAUCACUGAGAAAAUGUGCUGAAACAGCAUGCCCCCCCUCCCCCAACACACACACACAAAUUGAACUUGUCAAAAAAAAGAGAAGUUAGAAAGAUCAAUUGCGAAAUCAAUUGCGUAGAAGGAGACUGGCAUUGUACAGCUUUGUGUAAUGGUUAAAAGCUCUGUGCUGUCACAGGAAGAGCAAUAGCAUUACUAAUGGGAAGGGUCAGAUGCUCUUCGAUAACCCAAUGAAGUGUGAUAUUGAUCAGUCAGCAGUGGGAUUUCAAAGCACUUGCUUUCAACACAUUAGAUAAUAUUUAAACUGGAAAGGGAUGUAUGAUGCCCAAAGCCCUAAUGCUUUAGUUCAUCUCUCAGUAAGGGUUGUCAUGACUAAGGACUUCCUUCAUAUGAAAAGUAGACAGAAAUGUUACAGAAGACACAAGUUACUCAAAUAAUGUUUAUGUGCCUAUGUUGUUUUUUUUGCUGUGUCUGGUUUGAUGCCUGUCUUCAUGCCACCUGAAGAGGGGAAAGAGGGUUCUAAGGCAGAAUUCUCAGCACCAGGUUAAAGCUGCUUACCCAGAUUACCUUGAGUUCCAGGCAGACAGGAGAUCACUGCACCUGAUGAAACAUUCAUGUUGCGACACCGUGCCAGACCUCUUGCAAGCCUGCUUGAUCUUUGGCCCUGUGACUGAGGCUGACCGCUGCCGCCCUGUUCACCGGGUCAAUCGAACACAAGUUACCUGCUGUGCAGUGAGACUCACUUUCAGUCAGGUGACUUUCCAUUUCCGAACCAUGCUGUGCAAUGACGAUCGUACAGUGCUGGAUGACAGUAAGAAGGUCGGGAUGCCCAUGGAGGUGGUGAUCGGGAACAUGUUCAGACUGGACAUAUGGGAGGCUCUGCUCAAGUCCAUGCGCAUAGGAGAAGUUGCAGAGUUCUGGUGUGACAUAAUCCACACUGGUCUGUACCCCAUUGUGGCAAAAAGUCUUCGUCGCAUUGCAGAGGGAAAAGAUCCAGUGGACUGGCACAUCCACACCUGUGGCAUGGCUAACAUGUUUGCGUUUCACACCCUGGGUUACGACGAUCUGGAUGAGCUCCAGAAAGAACCACAGCCUCUCAUCUUUGUGCUUGAACUGCUAAAGGUUCAGCAGCCGAGUGAGUAUCACAGGGAGUCGUGGGCGAUGAGCGAUGAGGAGAGACUGAAGGCUGUUCCUGUGCUCCAUGGCCAAGGGAACAAACUGUACAAACAGGGUCGCUUUGAGGAGGCCACAAACAAGUACAAGGAGGCAAUCCUUUGCAUCAAGAAUGUUCAGUCAAAGGAGAAGGCCUGGGAGGUCCCCUGGCUAAAGCUCGAGAAGAUGGCCAACACUCUCACACUCAACUACUGCCAGUGUCUGCUGCGCAUGCAGGAGUAUUAUGAGGUCAUUGAGCACACUAGUGACAUCAUAAACCAGCAUCCUGGGGUGAUGAAAGCUUUUUACUUGCGGGGAAAAGCACACAUGGAGGUGUGGAAUGAGGCCGAGGCCAGGGCUGACUUUCAAAGGGUGCUGGAUCUAGAUCCAAGUAUGAAAAAGUCAGUAAAGAAAGAGCUAGCUGUUCUCAACAUGCGUAUGGAGGAGAAGAGAGAGGAGGACAGACAAAAAUACAAAGGCAUGUUCACAGCCACAGCAACAGGGCAAACAAUUCCAGGGCAAACACAGGAACAGACGAAUACAGACCAAGAAACAGCAGAACAAUCAACUACUGAACAAGAACCUUCCAAGCAAGUGGCCCUGGAGCAAGCACCUACAGAACAAGAAACGGCAUUGAAGGAAACUGCAGAGAAAGACAAUCCGGAGCAGGAAACUGUGAAGCGAGAAACUCCAGAGGCAAACAAUCCAGAUGAGAAAACAAUAGAGCAAGAAACUCUAGAGAAGGAAACUCCAGAGAAGAAAACAUUAGAGCAAGAAACUCUAGAGAAGGAAACACUAGAGCAGGAAACUCCAGAGAAGAAAACAUUAGAGCAAGAAACUCUAGAGAAGGAAACACUAGAGAAGGAAACUCCAGAGAAGGAAACUCUACAGCAAGAGAUUGCAGAGCAAGUUACUCCUGAAAAGGGAACUGCAAGACAAGAAAAUGCACCAGAUUUAACCGCAACUGUUGAAGAAGCAACACCAGAACACUACAAAUAAUGACUCAUGUCAGUGAUGAAGACACGUAAUGAAACAGACUGAUAGCCGUUUGCUCAAUGUGAUCCCUGUUAUUGGAAUUUAUUUAUUAGGGCAUGAAAUGGGCAUAUUGCUUACUUUCAGGGGUGCUUAAAAUCUGAUAUUUGAUAUAAUACUAUGGCAUAAUAUUUAUUAGAUGAAUGAUUUUCCAUCAGGGUAAUUUUGGGUAAACCAUCAACCAUAUAAUGCCAGUAGAUCUGUGCUAUUAACAUGCAUUUCAAGCAGCAUGCUGUAAUAAAACACAUUUAACAGACUCAUUGCCUUGAAAGAGUGGUCAUUCGCUACAAUGAUGUUUCAGUUGCUUUUUUAUGGUCUACAUGGCUUUUAAUGAUCAUUUUGCUAAAUGAAGAAAAACAAAUCAUAUUG